AUGUACAGCCUUUGUGCAAGAUAUUCGGUCAUCGCGGGUACACCAGAAAAACUGCUUGAAUAUUUGCUGGAAACCAGAAUCGAUUGCGAGAAGGAAGAAACGAAUUCGGACACGUUCAUGGAGGACUUUCUGUUGACUCAUUCCAUCUUUAUGCCAACCAAUGUACUGUGCAACGCCCUCAGUGUCUAUUACAGGCAGGGAUGUUCGACUGUUAGUGGUGAUUGGACUCUGGAAGAACCGUACGCGUCGACUGCAGAGCAAAUGGUCGCCUUCCGGAGACGAGUCAUUCUUUUCCUGCAGCAGUGGGUCAUCGUGUCGGGACAAAUGUUUUUCGAAGACCCCGUUGGACCUGCCUUUAUCGAGGUACAUUGCCAAAGAGUUUACUUGAAUACUGCGCUGCCCGCUUUCGUUUCUGGGUCUGUGUUAGUUUGAGU